AUGUUUUCCCCUCGUGGUUUUUACGCCAUAAGCACCCUCGUGGCCGCCAUGACCGCCUCUGCCCUGCCCCCUCAGAGCCCGUGCGACGCACUCAAGGGCGCGGGUCUCCAAGAUCCCAUCCUGCUGCCGGGUGACGAAGCCUACACCGCGCGCAUCGACAGCCUGUGGUCCGCCUCGGCCCGUGUCGCGCCCGCCUGCAUCGUUACCCCCAAGGAUGCCGCCGAGGUCUCCAAGGUGCUUGGGACCUUGCAAAAGUUCCCGCUGGCCAAGUUCGCCAUCCGUGGACGUGGCCACAGCCACUGGGGUGGCAGCAACGUCGAGGGCGGCGUCGAGAUCGACCUGGGCGUUCACUUCGUCGGCGCCACCUACGACCCGAGCACCAAGCUCGCCUCGGUCCUCCCAGCCUCCCGCUGGGGCGAGGUCCUGCGCGAACUCGACACCAACCACGGCGUCGGUGUUGUCUCGGGCCGCGAGGGUAACGUCGGCGUCGGUGGCUUCCUCACCGGUGGCGGCAACUCCUGGCACACGGGCAGGCACGGUUUUGCUUGCGACAACAUAGCCAAUGCCCAGGUCGUCCUCGCCGACGGCCGCAUGGUUAACGCCAACAAGGACGAGAACGCCGAUCUUUUCAAGGCGCUCAAGGGCGGCUGGGGCAAUUUCGGCAUCGUUACCCGUUUCGACCUUUAUACCCACCCUAGCGUCCCUGCCUGGGGUGGUCUGCGAGUCAGCCCUUACUCCGAAGGCCCCCUUGUUGCCCAGGCCGUUGUCAACUUCACUACAAACACCGCCAAGCACCCCGGAUCAUCCUACCUUGUCAACUGGUCCUAUGACCUCAAUGUCAACCCGGAGCCCUUUACUGCCCAGUUCCUCAUCGACACCGAUGGUGUUGUCGAAGCACCCGCUUUUGCCGAGGCUCUAAAAGUGGGCGAGUACUUUAACGACUUUAGCAUGCGUCCCAUGCACCAGCUCGUUGAUGAUUACCGCACUUCUGGUGGUAGACGCCAAGUUUGGUUUACGCUCACUGUAGGCAAUGACAUUCGCAUUGUCAACAAGGCCGUAGACCUGACCACCAAUCUCAUCAACGAAUUGCUCAAGGUCAUCCCGGGUAAGGACUUGACGGUCCAAGGCACCUUCCAGCCCAUGCCUAAGGUCUUUUUCGACAUUGGCAAAGCAAAGGGAGGCAACGUCAUGGGCAUGGACCGCUACGAGGAAGACUCCCUCCAGUGGGCCCUGAUCUCAUCCGUCAGGACGCCUGAGCAGGAGAAGAUUUUGCACGACUUGUCCCUCAAGUUUACCGACGAGCUGAGGGAGUAUGCAGUCUCUCUCAACUCCCUUCGCGACUGGCUUUACAUCAACUAUGCCGACCCUGCUCAGGACGCCAUUAGCAGCUACGGCCCCGAGAACGUGGCCUUCCUCAAGCAGGUCUCGGCCAAGUACGACCCAGCUGGCUUUUUCCAGAAGCAGGCGGUUGGCAUGAAGCUGCCCGCAUGA